CUAAUUAAUAUCUAUUGUUAUUUUAUGAAAACUGGUUGCAAGCACUUUGAAGUUGAAAUCAUAAUCAUUUAUAAUAUAAAAGACCUAUAAUAUCAAAAAUCCUCCAAUAAUAUGAGCAUCUUAACUUUUCGUAGGUUCUGAACGUUAUUAAAAAAUUAGUGUGAUUUUGUGAAUAAAUCUGUACAAUGUAUCGAUCUACAAUAUUAGUAUUUGUUUUAUCAACAUUAAAAUUCACAAACCUCUUUGAGUUGGAACAAACUCAAAGUCAGCUUCAAAACGAGACUGUGGCGAGGUUGAUAUCCGAGAAAGUGAGGUUGCUUUGUGGCGUCGUAAUGGGCCUCGGUGCGACCGUAGCUAUGGAUCCGCCCGCGAUCGCCAUUUCCGACACUUGGGGGAAGCGGUGCAACCAUAUUCUUUUUAUGAAUGAGCCGGAUACUAUAUCUUUGAAACCACCACUCGGGAAAGAUCAGCAUCAUUUACUGUACAUGUAUUCGAAGGUCGGUUUUAUUGACUGGUUCCUUCUAACCAUGUCUUCAGAAUGCUACGUGGUGAUUGAGAAUCUGAGGUACUUACUGGCAGAUUACGAUCCAAACGACGCGAUUUUUUUCAUGCUGACAGUUAGGGAAAAAGCGAAUAUAACUUACGUUCUAAGUCAAAAAGCUGUCGAAUUAUUUUUGAAGACGGCACUAGACACGACUGCUUGUAAUACUUCAAAAAACGACAUUGUUGCAAGGAUGAAUUGCUUUAGAUCCAUUGGCAUAAAAAGAAAGGAUGAACAGGACUAUUUACAACGCGAUCUUUUCUUGUCGGGAAACGUAUACAGACGAAAUACUAGUGGAAAUUUUUGGAAUUGUCGUAAUUUACCUGAAAAGCCACGUGAUUGUUAUUCAGACUUCGCCAUUUCCAUGGACGGUGUGGACUCGAAAAUGAAAUAUGUCUUAGACUAUUUUCUAUACACAUUGAAACCGUAUGGCAUCAAAUUCGGCGGGAAAAUGCCCGCCAUUUUGGGUGAAAAUAGACAAUUCCAAUAUGGCGACUACCCAACCAACAUAAGGAGCUUGGCUGGUGAGAAGAAAUCGCAAGAAAAAUAUAGACAUAAGUGGAACAGCAUGGAGGAAGAUUACCCCCAAGAUGAUUCUAUUUCCAGCGAAGACAGCAAAUAACUUAAUUUAAUUUUGUAAAAGUCCCAGGGCUAUUAGACACUUUUUAUAAAUACUCUGCGUUAGCAGCCAUCGUAAUAUCUUCCAUUUCGUUCACACAAGAGAAACGAGAAACAGGACAGAGUACUAACAUUUGACGUUUACGCUGGCCCCUCGUCUAUAGUAUUUUUUGUCUUUGGUCAUUAACCAGACGCACUGAAGGAGGAAUCGUUUUAUAGGAAAUGAUAUGCGGCCAAUCGUAUAAGAACGAGUGUUUGAGGGCCGGUCCUUUAAAUUACAUCCAAUAACAAUCACAACAAUAUUUUAAGAUAACACUAAUAUUAGAAUUAUCCAUUUGUGUUUAUUUAAACUACGUGAUUAUAAUAGUUUAAAAAAUAAAAGCUUUUUUUUAUUAUUA